AAUAAAAUUAAGGCAAAAAAUAUAACCCUAAAACAUAUUUAAAAAAAAAAUAACAAAAUAAACUUUUCUGUCUUUGUCAAAAAAACCUUAUCGCCCACUUCUCGUCACUUUCAUCUGAUUUUUAACAAAACUAAAGUAAAAAUGAAUAUACUUUUUAUCUGUAGUUAUUACCUUUCAUGACAUUUAUUUGUAGUAAAUCACUAAUCAUUGGUAUUUUAUUUAUAAUAAUCCUUUCCGGAUAAUAUUGUGGCGUAAACAAAAUGUUAAAAAUUUUUAUUUUGUUACUUCAUUUUACCUAUGUUUCGAAUCAAUCAUAUGAGGACAGACGGUGUCGAUGUGUCUGCCCCAGCCCGGCCGCCGUACUCAAUAGGACUUUGAACAGAGGCAGAAAACUCUUCAUUGCCAACGUCCAUCCAAGUAAAUGUAAUUGUGAUGGAGUCAUCCUACCGAGAGUCGGAGACGACGUGAAAGGCCACGAACAGGAGUUCUGCCCCCGUUGCGAGUGCAAAUACGAAACUAGGAAUACCACAAUCAUUAUGGUUGUUGUAAUAAUUGUGGUAUGGAUACAAGUGCUUCUGACGGUCUAUAUGGUGUUUUUGAAAUGCCUGGACCCAUUUAUAAAAAAAGGGAAAGCCAAGUACUAUAAGGAACACUCAGUUCUUUCAGAUGAGACAUGCAAGUUACUAAUUAAUAGUGACGGUGCAGAAGAUUAAAGAAAUAUUUUUGUAUAUAUAUAUUCAAGAUAGUCAAGGAGAGAUUUCCUCUUCACGAGUUGAUACGUUGUACUGCGCACCAAUAUGGGAUUGAAAAUUAUUAGCAUUAGUUAGAGAUGCACUCUUCACCGAUGUGCUUCAGAGGUUAUAUUUUGUAUUGUUGCCUUUUUCUAAUAUAUAUAAAAUUGUUUUAGAUAUUAUAAGUGUUUAUAUAUGUAUUAGUUAAUAUUGAAGUACUGAAUACUCAAAAAUAAUUCUAGUUAAGCGAAACAAGACUUUGAUACUGAUACACCUAUGGUUGUGAUUAGCCUUGUUCACGUUAAGCUGUGAGUAUUUGUGCUAAAUACAUUAACUUAUUUACUGAUUACUUCUCAUUAACACAUAUAAGAUGAAAUGGAAAUCGUUAAACUGAACAUCUACUCAAGUUAUGGAAUAUGGGACAGAUAUUUCGUGAUUUAAAACUUCAAUACAAAAAUAGUGACUCUCGUACUAACUCAACAGUUGAACUCGCUGUGUUAGUAUGGAGACUCGAAAGGAAAAGGGUUCUUUUUAUACAAGAAUAGCAACGCCCCACCUGGUGCUGUACACGGUAAAAACCCAUGCUGUAAACAGCACAAUAUCCUCUUAAUAGCUGAAGAAUGAAGUUGACGGAAUUGUUAGGUUUUACCAACUCUAAGAUGGAGUGCAUUUCCAAUUCAUCCAUAAUUUUAGUUCGUAUAAUGUAUGGAUGUAAAAAUUUAUUAUUCCUUACUUUUUUGCAGUACAUUACUUUAAACAUUAUCCUCCUUAUUUCCAAAAACGUCAAACUUAUUUAAACUAUUGCUGUUAUGUCAUUAUAUUUUGCGUUAAAUUCCCAAUCAGAAAGAAUGUGACAUAAUAUUAAAUCACAUUCAAUUUAAUCAACUUCCAAAAGAAGGGGUUCUCAAUUGGGUUGUAUGUUUUGUUCGUUACCUCAUGACUCCGUCAGUUAUAAACCUUAGAAAUUUCAUCAAAAUCGACUUAGUAGUUUAGUUUUUGGAUAAAAUCAAAAAAUUUUGCCACAAUCGCAGACACUAGUCGGUAUUUUUUUUAACUACUGAUCCAAUUUUAACAAUUUUUUUAUAAGACCAAAUUAAAAGUCUACGUACAUGCACAAUGGGGAUUUUAUAAAGUUAGUUGUAAUUUUCAACAAAUAUUUCAACUUCAUCCGGAAAUCUUCAGAGGGCGUACGACGCUUUGCGUCACAGUUUCUCACCUCGCACUGCGGGCUGCAGUUCGCAAAGCCUUUGAAGACGUCUCCGCUAUCAACAACUAUCCACUAUCUCUGCCCACACCGACGUCUUCGCGGGUUUUGCAAGCAGCAGCUCGCAGUCAAAACAAUUGGAAAAGGCAAACACAGUAAGUUUAUAAAGUUCUCAUUAUACAUGCGUGUAGAUAGUAUAUUAUUUCAGAUAAAAAAACUCGAGUAAUUUUCCGGACCAGCUUAUAAAUGACGUAGUUACGGGCUAACAGACGCAAAGAAAAAUAUAACGAAAUUGAGAGCUUCCUUUUUUUAAGUUGAAAUCACUGUAUUCAUAAAAAAUAAACCCCUUAUUCAUAAAAACUAAAACCUUAUUGAUCCGUAUUUAGUAUUAGAAUGUUUUUCACUUUUUGUCAUAUUGAGAAUUUGGCACAAAAGAAAGAGACGACAUUUCAAUAGCUAGAAUAUGUUUCUAAAAAGUUUAAAGGUUUUAUGAAUAAAUAAAUAUCCCUGAGGUCAUAAAAUGUACCCUUUUCCUAUAGACUGAUAAGCGAUUUUAUGUUAAGUUAAACUGAUAUAGAGUAAUACUAAGAAUGUGGCCAACACUAUUUUCUUAUUGUCUCUAUUAAGGGGAAGACGCGCUUUGUUUAUGUGUUCUUUACAGAUAACACUAAAUACACAAAUAUACAUGUUUUCGUUUUUAUAUAUAUGGGUGUAAAUAUGUUUUAGUUUUUAUGAAAAAUGAUGUAGGAGACUCAUAAAGAUGAUGAUUGUCUUUUACACGCAAUAGUUUCUCCACAUAUUCCUAACGGCGUCUUGUCGAUACUUUUUAAACAUUUUAUUAUUUAUUAAUCGUAUAAGGUCUAUAGUGAGAAUGUACCAGUUUACUUUUCUAGUAACAUAGAUAUAUAGAUAGAUAUAAGUAUCUAAUUUAUACAUAAGUUAUAUCUACAUCUCUGACUACUGUACUAAGAAAUGUAGUCGUGAGAAUGAUUAUUUUUUAUAUCCAAAGAUGCUCCUUUUGUCUAAUUAAUUUUAGAAUUAUAUCUUUUGUACAUGAUAUAGAAAUCCCUAUACUAGCUGCUGGACUAAUAAUGUUAGAUUGAUCUAUCUGGACUAUUUUUUAAUAUUUAAGUUUAUAGAAGUAAAAUACACUCUUAAUUUUUUUUUUAUUUGUAAAAGUACAGGUUUUGUAGUAAGAUUGAGCUCUAUAUGCUACAUUGAAGCAAUAUUAGAAUGCCCUUUUGUUUUUGUUUUACUUUUUUAUUAUUUUUAGUUUUUGGAAGAUCAAUAGGUUGAGGUUUUGUUUUUUGUUGUAAAGGUAUAGUUUUCGUAGUAAGAUUAAGCACCAUAUGUUACAUUAUACAAUAUUGGAUUACUCUAUUGUUAAUUUUCGACUUUUUUUUAUUAUUUAAGUUUAUAGAAGUGGAAUACAUCCUUAAUUAUUGUUUUUGUUGUAAAGGUACAGGUUUUGUAGUAAGUUUAAGCACUAUAUGCUAUAUUGAAACAAUAUUAGAAUGCCCAUUAUUAUUUUUUUACUUUUUUAUUAUUUUAAUUUAUGGAAGUUCAAUAGACCCUUAGGUUUUGUUUUUUGUUGUAAAGGUACAGGUUUUGUAGUAAGUUUAAGCACUAUAUGCUACAUUGAAACAAUAUUAGAAUGCCCUUUUUUAUUAUUUUACUUUUUUAUUAUUUUAAUUUAUGGAAGUUCAAUAGACCCUUAGGUUUUGUUUUUUGUUGUAAAGGUACAGGUUUUGUAGUAAGUUUAAGCACUAUAUGCUACAUUGAAGCAA